AUGAAUCAAAGCUACUCUGGAAUAAGUAGUCAAGAUAAGUUGAUAAUUAUAAUAGCUUGCUCGAUAAUUGGAGCUGUAAUUUUAGGAUUCAUUAUUUGGUGGGUAGUCAAGAAAAAUUAGAAUGUCUAUAUAAAAGCAAAGCUCUUUUCAUCAUCUACACUAAAAACAUAAGACUUUGAUUCCUUUAGUAAAGUAAGUAAUAACAUGAAUAUUUCAGAUGUUAAGAAGUACCCAAAAAGCCACUCAAAAGAUGAAGCUGAAUAAUAAAGUCCUUAGGUUAACAUGAUUUCAUAUGAUAUUGAUGUUAGUCGACAUAAUAGCAAUAAAUUAGACACUAAUUCCAAUAAGAAAUAAUACAUUCUUGACUCCUUGUCAAUUAGAGAGCCCGAUAAAAGUUACUCAUCACUAUUCUUAAGUGCUGCUAAAUAGAGUAAAGAUUUUGAUCUUGAUAAUUCAAAGAAUAUUAGUUAGUUGUCUGAUUUGAAUGGAAAUAGCCCUUAAUUAAACCCCAAAACUAUGAAAUCCUUGACCAAAAUGAAGCAGGAAUACAGCAAUGAUUAAACUACUCUGGGCUUUCUCCCAAGUUUUGUUAAUUAAAAUUAAAUUUCGAAUUAGUCAACAAUGAAUUUAUCAACUAAAGAUUAGAAAGUUAGAUAAAAUUUAGAAUAAUAAAAACCAUUUAACGCUCUUAAAAUCGUUGAUGUCUAUGAUGAUUUUCAAGAUUAUAAGUAGGAUGAACAAGCAUUCCAUGAAUCUGCAAAUAAAUAAUUACCUUUAUUCAGAAGAAAGCAGCUGGCCGAAAAAAAGGAAUCUAGUUCUAUCUAUCUAAAGGAGCUUUACAAUUCAAAGCAAUAAAAUAGUUUGAAUGGUACCUAGAGACAGAGAAUAUUACCUCCUCUCUAAAUAAAUCCCAUCGGAAACAACUACUAAAAAGAUAAUAAAAAUGAUUAUACAAAUUUAUAAAGAAGAUAGUAUACCUAAUGGUGA